GUGCUGCUUUCCCAGAGGACAUUCUUGCGACCACCAGAUCGGUACAUGUUGUGAAAUAAUACUUGAGUGCCAAGACAGCUCCAUAAAUAAGUUUUGGGGCAAGGCCACAUUGUACAAGGUGCAGGGCAAGACGGAACGUGCUAGGUAGUCACGGAAGCAACUUGGGCAGGGCCCCGAAACGCGCGCGAACAAUUUUCUGUGCCUGUUGAAGGGACACAGCUUCCCCUCACACCUGGCGCCAUGGGUUCGUUCAAGACCUUCUCCACAAUUUUGGCGGCAUCGCUCGCCCUGUCGUUCCUCUGCCAAGCUCAGGCCGUUGUGAAUACCACAGCAGCAGCGGAGGUCGUGAGGCUAGCAGCCGCCGACCCAGCAGUGCUGGCAGCGGCCAACGGCAUGAUCGUGGCAGUCAGGAACAGCGCUCUUACUAAUGGGCUUUCUACCUUCGAUGUGACUACGCUGGUGGGAGACCCAAAGGUCCAGGUGGCGGUUGUGCCCUUCAUUGAGGCUGCAGCCGCCGCUGCCGGCCCUGCCUGGCUCGAAGUUGUGCCGCAGGCUGUGCCAAUUGCCAAGAACGCCAGCGCAGCGGCCGAGGUCCUGAAGUUGGCACUGGCAGAUCCGGAAGUGCUCGCAGCGGCCAAGACCCUGGUGACAGCGAUUCAGAUUGCCGCGGUGUCAAACCCACUCAACGGAUACAGCGUGGCUGCUCUGGCGGCCAACCCAAGUGUGCGGGCAGCUCUGGUGCCUCUUGUGGCGGCGGCGGCUGCGGCCAGCGGCGUGGAAUGGGCCGCUGUUGACACCACGGAAGUGCUUGCCACGGCCGCGGCUGCGGCGACAGCGCCAGUGGUGGCGCCUGCGGCAGCCGCACUGCCGGCGGCAAGCGUGGCUUCAUUCCAAGCUGCGCUGCCGCAGCUUUCGUCGCUGUUCGGGCGCAAGCUGUCGCAGGUGAUCUUGAACCCGGGCGACCUUUUGGGCCUGCCCACAGAUGCCACAAAGGGAACUCCCUCCACCGCCGACGCAGCUCGCCUCAAUUCUGCCCUCGGCCUCACGGGCCAGCCGACGGCGCAGGACACGGCGUUCCAGCAGGAGCAGCAGAGCGCGCGCGUGAACAACCGCAUGUCAGACGCAGCGACAACCUCCGCAGCGAUGCAGAGCUUCGACGUGAGCUCGCUCAACCCGACCGGCAACAACGUGCGCGCCACGCAGCAGUUCCGGCAGGCCGGUGCCGGAAACGGCGCCGCGGCCACGGCCGGGGCCGGGGCCGGGGCGGCCGCGCCGGCCGCCGGGCUGGCCGCCUACGCGUUCGCGCCGGCGCCGUACGACCCGAACGCCGCGCCCCAGAAGGUCGCUGUGAUGGCGGCUGACGGCAGCUACCAAGUGCAGCAGCCAGCGCAGCAGCAGGCACAGGACGCCACUGCAUAUGAGUCAUCCUCCAAUCUUGCAGCCGCGGACGCAGCUUCACCCGAUACCGCUCAACCUGCCGGCCAGGUGAACGUCAAGCCGGCCAAUCAGGUGGCGCCGAGCCACAUCAGCCAGGGAACAGUGUUGCAGCGGCCCACAACUGACGACACUGCAUCCGCCACUACCGACAACACCGCAGCCGCCACCACGGACUCGGCAGGAAGCUCAACAGCUGCGCAGGACAUCCUGACAUCCCUUGGCGGCGGCCUGGCCGACUCUCCCGGCGUCAGCCCAGCGCCUCAGGGCCAGGCGUUUGACUGGCUGAACCCGAGCCCCAACGCGCCGGCGCUGCCAGCCGACUCCGUCGUGGCACAGCGCAGCGCAUCCGGCGCGGCUGCUCGGCCCCCGGCAUCGCAGGACUCGGCCAACGUGCGCAACUUUGUCAGCCAGGCCGGCUUCACCUCCGCCGACAAGGGCGCCUCCUCCACCGCGGCUUCCGGCGCAGCUGCCGCGCAGCCGCAGGGCCGCCGCAUGCUCGCCGAGCGCAGCCCGCCGCGGCCGCCCGCGCUCGCGACGCGCGUAGCGCAAGCCUUCGGCCAGGCCGCCACGCAGCUGCUGACCAACCCCUCCAAUCCACCCGCAUCCGCCCCUUCCAAUGAAAUUCUCCUGGUCGGCCCCGCGCUCACCCCCAUCGAGCAGCCGCAGCCGCUGCAGGCGGCGCAAGCGCCGUCGGCCGCGGCCGCUGCCGCGGCCGUGCCGGUGCCGGCACCGGCGACGAGCAUGAUCACUGAGGUGUCGGCGGCCGCCAGCAUGGCGGCAGCUAACGCGGCGCGCGGGCCGACGGAGCCGCCGAAGCCGCCGCUGCACGAGCUGGUGGAAGCUGCCACGGAGCUGCCGGCGCGGCUGGGGCUGCUGCCCGCACUGCCGGGAAUGCCAAUGCCGGGAGCGGCGCAGCCGCAGGCGGCUGCCUCGCAGCUGCAGAGCAUGGGCACUCUGCCGGCCACCCAGAGGGGCGCGGUUGUGCCGACACAGCUGAAUGGAGUGGGCAGGAGAAGAUCGUAGCUGUAGAAGGGGUCACAAGAAAAAAGGCCGUGGCAUUGUUGCGGGUGUGCUUGCGAGGGACAGUAUCUUACUCAAGACUUUAGGGCAGUGCACGCAGUAGGUCAGUGAAUGCACAAAGGCAGCAUGACAUUGACAUGCUCAGUAUUAAUGGAGGAAGAACAUAAAGGCAGAAGAAUUGCAGACGACACUACCACUUGUGUUGAUGCUCGGCAGUGCAAAACAUUCAGAAGGAUAUUGAUAUCCAGCAAUAUAUUUGUGUUUGGCCACAAGAAAGAAGGCUCAGAUCGUUGGCUCGUUUUGAAUAAUUUGCCUCCAGAUGUCCAUCCAGAUUACAAGUACAGCUCAGCAGAUAUGCGCUGUGCAAGCUAAAUUGCAUUUUUCACCAAGGCCGGAAGGUUCUACUAGACUCAUUGAGUUCCACACUCCAAUGCAUUCUUGACCAUGCUGAUGCGUGAUAGGCUGAAUACUAAAAACCUCAGUUUCCCUUAUGCGCAGCAAACCAGCAACUGCUUCUUUCCUUCUUGAAAACUGCAUGACAUGCAUGGUGCAUAUCCAUACCAGCGGGGCAGUACACCACUGGAAAGCCCGCGCAGUGAUAAGCAAAAGCCCACCAUCUGCUUCACAAUGAAUUAUUACUAUGCUGAUAAGACACCGGCAGGAACAAUAGUCAUUAUUAACCUCAAGACAGUUGUACAAUGUGUUUCGGCAGUGCUGCUGCUCUCUCAGAGAUAGAGCUGUAUGAGCUCGUCGGAGACUGCUGCAGGUGUGAGCACUCCGAGAUCAGUGAAG